CGUUCGUCUGCGCCGUUUCCUCCUGACUCUACUGCUUUUCGCUGAGCAACAACGGCUGAGCUAACCCUGUACCGUAACUACAUGUCAGGUGAUGCACUGAGGGUGGUUUGCAAUAAAGACCACCCGCUAUGCAGUGCUGGUGCUCGGUGGACGGCUUGUAGGUAUCCGUUUGGUAGCAUAGUUUGAGACCAGAUAUCAGGAAGCUGACGAAAAGAGAACCGUUGAAAGAAGAUAGACAGGAGGCCACGGUUCCCCCUCACACACACACACACAUCACCACGGCCUUGAUGGUGAUGUAUGCAAGGAAACCAACAAGAGUCAGCGAUGGGUGCAACGAGAGAAGGGAUUCACAAUCCUAUCAGACCCAUAAAUCUCAGCCAAAGAGCCAGACCAGUGGCCCUAACCGCUAUGACAAGGUGCGGGAUGGCUCAUCGGACCCCACACCCCCUUUCAAGAUGCUGCGACGCUCAGACGAAAGUCCUGUCAGCAGACACGGAGACGGCCCAGCGCACGGCAAGGCAAAAACCUCUCAGGCCGUUAGGGGGAAAAAUGGGACCAGCGGAUCUCCUCAGGAGAAUUCUCACAACAACAGCUCCCACCCCGGCUCCGACUCGCAUGCGACUCAGAGCAAGCCUGCAGACCGGGAACCAGCCGACGACUGGACAGAACACAUCAGCUCCUCUGGGAAGAAGUACUACUACAACUGUAGAACCGAGGUGUCCCAGUGGGAGAAGCCCAAGGACCUGCUGGAGAGGGAACAACGACAGAAAGAUCCAGUCAAGAUGGCGGCAAAUAGUUUCCCCAGGGACAUGGACUACAGACAAGAGGCCUUGCAGGACAAAGCCUCAACAAAGACCACACCAGGGGAUCAGUCCGCUGCGUCCAACUCCGGCCAUUCCUCCUCCUCCUCCUCCUCUUCUCAGAGCCUGAACUCUGCGCCCGGUGCUUUAGGCUCCACCCCCUCCGCCAUGUCCUCCUCCUCUUCCUCCUCUUCGGGGCAGGUGCCUCAGUCUGUUCAAUCCCCGUCACCGGCCCUGCUGCAGGACCCGGCCCUUCUGCACCAGCUCCUCCCGGCGCUGCAGGCUGCUCUGCAGAUGAACAACGGCAACAUGGACAUGGCGAAACUCAACGAGGUCUUGGCAGCUGCUGUCACCCAAGCUUCCUUGCGGUCUGUGCUUCAUAAGCUCCUCGCUGCUGGACCUGCUUUCAACGUCACUGCUCUGCUCUCAGCUGCACAGCACUCCAAUCAAGCCCAGCACUCCAGUCAGUCGCCCGUCUCCCUGACAUCUGAUGCAUCAUCACCGCGGCCCUACGUCUCACCGCGGAACGGCACGCCGCAGAGCAGCCAGAAAUCCCUCCUGGCUGGUCAUCCCGGCGGCGUCACAUCUUCACAAACGAGGGGCAGCAUGUCUUCAGGUAAACAAGGAGCAGCGCCCCUCUCACAGGUUCCAGAGAAGCGCCUGGAGGACCCCAGAACUCUCCAGCAGAGAAGUCAGGAGCUUCUGUGCACGGGAUCCAGCCUAUCUGGUGCUGCGUUGGCCCACGUCCCCUCCGGCAGCACCAGCAACGCCCAUGUCGACAAGCCCGGCUCCUUCACCCCCACCCUGGCAACACAUUUUGAUGAGAGCCUCAUCAGACAUAUUCAGGGAUGGCCUUCAGAGAACAUUGAGAAACAGGCGGCUCGGUUACGGGAGGACCUCCACAACAUGGGCAGCCUGUACAUGUCUGAGAUCUGCACAGAGAUGAAAAACCUCCGCUCCUUGGUCAGAGUGUGUGAGAUUCAAGCCACACUGAGAGAACAGAGAAUCCUGUUCCUGAGGCAGCAGAGCAAAGAGCUGGACAAGCUGAAGAACCAGAACUCCUACAUGGUGUGAGGUCCUGGGACGGUUGGAUUGAAGCGCAGAUUGAAGAAGAGGAGUAGACAUGGACGGCGAGCUGCCGCGGUCCGUUUAUUCUGCCUCCCAGAGCAACUGAGAAGAGCUGUCAGACAUAUAAGAUGUGGCUGACGAGGUGAAGCUCCAUUUUUUUUUCCUGAACAUAUCUUUUCUCUCUUCUGCUGCUUUUUUUUUUUUUUUUUUUUUUUUUAAAUGUCUUUCUUUCAGCGUCCACCACAUGAAUUGCUCUGGCCGAAAAGGUGGAACUGCCCGUUCACCGAUCGGACUCUUUAACACGUGGACAUGGGACCUGAGGCUCUUUUCAAACAGCACCUUCUAGGACUGUGAACCUUGGAUUGUGUGUAUCGUAUUGGGUUAACUUGUUUUCUGGUGUGUUUUGAUGUGUAGUGGUCAGGAAACGAUUACAAUUCAUCCAUGGGGAAAAUGAACUAAAAGAAACCACGUCAUGGUAAUUGGUGUGACACAGUUCUGGGGUUCCCCAAUCUUCUGAAAUGGACUUGGUCAUCCAUUGAAAUGUAUGGAUUCAAUGGCAGUGAUGUUACUAAUGUUAUUUUUAAUUCACUCUACUUGUCCGUGGUUUUGCCGUACCAGGGUGUCUUCAUGCUGGUUGGUUUUUUCAUGUCAUGAGAUUAGCAAAGACCUUCGGCCAGACCUUUCUCCGAAAGCUCGUAAAUGUGCUUCAGUUUUGUUCCAGUAUAUGGGAAUCCGCGUUGUGGUUCCACUAGUACACAUCCGCCGGGGCGUUUUGGCUACUUUGUCAAACACACUCCAGAUUAUUCAGAGCCAUUUUGAAGAAGGCUACAUUAUUGGACCUAGGUUGGCUGCUAGUACAUAUGAGGGUUGCAUUCAUGUGCAGCCCUUCUGGCUGUUUUCUUACCCCUUCUGCUAUUUGUCCUUUCUUUUCUUUUUCUUUUUGUGUGCGUGUAAUAAUUAUUUUUUUUCCUUCCCAAGUUCGAUUGGGUAAAUAUUCCAUUCCUGUUGUGCGGCUUUGAGAUUUUGUAAACAAAGGAAAGGCGACUGAAUCUACAGUCAUGUAAAGCUAAAUUAUUCUUGCGCAUGAUUGAGCACUUCCUUGUUGUCGUGAUGGAAAAGAUCGAUGAAAAGAAGUUUUUAUUUUUACAAAAAGGAAACUUGUGUUUUGUUAAAUAGUUUUUUUUUGUGUAGCUGUCAUGGCUGCACCCUUUUUAUUAACUGACUAGCCAGAUGUGGACUUUUUUUUUUUUUAAUGGGUUCAUUCAUGAUGAGAGGGUAUACUUUUUAUAUGAACAACACAUUAAAUUGCUGUCAUACACUUCCACGCCCAUGAAACCA